AAAUUAUUUAUUCCAGGUAUGAAUUAAUUGAACGACCAUAACCACAAUCAAUUUUUCUCUAUGUUUGACAACUCCAUCCCUUGUACAAAUUUGUAUCUAUAAUAGAAUGUCCAAACUAUGAUUCAAAGACGAAUUAUCUUUUGGAGUCAAGAAAAAUAUUUUUAUUUAAUUAAGUCUUACAAUAAAAAAUUUAGUUUAUCAAAGACUAAAAUAUUUUAUUGGAUAAAUAAUUAGUUCAGCCUUAAAAGAAAUAAAGAAGGAAGGCGACCGAUAUUUCUAAAAUUUAUAAAUGUACUUAAUGUGAAAAAUUAUAUGGUUCAGAAGCAUCCUUAAAUCUUCACAUUAAACUCAAACAUCCAAUAAUUGAAUCAGAAUCCAAAACAUUGAUUGAACAAAGCUUUUAAAUUUGA